UACGUCGCGCUGUUUCCCAGUGACGCUAACCCAACUUGCCGACUGGCGCUCCGUUCGAGGCGACAAAUAAUGCGGAUUUUGGUGAAGUUAUGGCAUCGAACCCUCUGAAAGCGUGUGCCCUUUGUGCGUACAACCGACUGUCGUUGGGCAGCAGCUUCCGAGCGGCUCAUUAGUGAAGCUGAGAGUGCCGGACAAUGCUAGCCAGUUAGCCCGGGGGACACUGCUAACUGGCUAAGGAAGUUAGCCAGUUAGCUAGCGAGCCGCGUCAGCUUGCCGGAGUCUGAAAUCUUGUUUCGCGCAUUUCAGCCCCGUUCAGCGACCUCCGGGACGGUUCCCCCGGUUCCUCCCGGUUCCCCCGGUUCCUUCAGGAGAACAGCAGCGUGUGUCUCCACUGGUUGCUGAAAUAUAAAAGAGUUUUUAUUCUCCGCUGUUUGUGGGAACCGGCUGGUUUUCUGCAGACGCGGCUCUUUUGUUUUCACAAAGGAAGACGAGCUCACUUUCUUCCUUUUCUCUUUUUUUCUUUUUUUUACACGACUUCACAUCUGCUAGUGGGACUGAUUGUUUCGGCCUGUUUGUGUUGCUGUGUGUGUUUUGGGUUGGGGGGGGCGGGGGGGGGGCACAAUGGCUCCACAGAAGCAGAGCUCCUCAGGUGGAAGCCAUCCGGUGGGUUUUGGUUCUGGGGGAAAAGCCAACGGGUUACACCAGUCCUCUUCCUCCUCCUCCUCCUCCUCCUCCUCUUCCACCGCGAUGGCUGCAGCCGCCAAGAAGCCCAACCUGCAGCUCAUUCAGGCCGACCACGAGUUGUUCCUGCAGGCCUUCGAGAAACCAACACAGAUCUACAGGUUCCUCCGCACCAGGAACCUGAUCGCUCCCAUAUUCCUGCACAGGACUCUCACCUAUAUGUCCCACAGAAACUCCAGGAACAACAUCAAAAGGAAGAGCUCCAAGGUUGACAAUCUGUUGUUCAAAGUGGAAAAGAUGAGAGGCGAACAGGAGACUCACAGUUUGGCCUCUAACCUGCAGCUCACCUUUACUGGUUUCUUUCAUAAAGCUGGGAAGCUGUCUCAGGACAGUGAGAAUGAGCAGAACUCUGUAUCUCUGGAGGUGCUGCUGGUCAAAGUCUGUCACAAGAAGAGGAAGGAUGUGAGCUGUCCGGUGAAGCAGGUCCCUACGGGGAAGAAGCAGGUUCCUCUGAACCCAGAAGCGAGCGCUGGAGUCCAGGCCAAGCCGGGCUCCUUCCCCACUCUGCUGGUUCCCAGCAGCGAGUUUGAACCCAGCAACUCUCACAUGGUCAAGUCUUACUCGCUACUCUUCAGAGUAUCGAGGCCCGGUUACCCCCGAACGCAGAUCAACGGCCUGGCUAACGGAGAGAAUCACCACAACAGAGAUUUUGCAGAGGAAGUGGUAAACAGGAAGAGGAGGAGCUCCUCUCUCAGAGAGGAGGGAGAAACCACAUUUGUGGCUCAGAUGACUGUCUUUGAUAAAAACAGACGACUGCAGCUGUUAGACGGCGAGUAUGAGGUGUCCAUGCAAGAGAUGGAGGAGUGUCCCGUCAAUAAGAAGAGGGCAACCUGGGAGACCAUCCUGGAUGGAAAGCGUUUGCCUCCGUUUGAGAGUUUCUCUCAGGGUCCCACCCUGCAGUUCACCCUGCGUUGGACCAGCGACUCCUCUGACUGCUCCACUGCACCUGUGGCCAAACCUCUGGCCACCCGCAACUCUGAGACCAACCAGGACACCAGACCCAGCACCCUGAGAGCCACACACACUCUGGCUGUUAAAGAAUCCAUAAAUGCAGACGUGCAGACGAGAAGAGAACAAAUCUCAGCUGAACCCCGACAGAAACUGCGCAUCUUCUACCAGUUCCAGUACAACAACAACACACGGCAGCAGACGGAGGCCAGAGACGACCUCCACUGCCCCUGGUGCACCCUCAACUGCAGGAAGCUCUACAGUCUGCUCAAACACCUCAAACUGUCUCACUCCCGCUUCAUCUUCAACUAUGUGCCCCACCCUAAAGGAGCGAAAGUCGAGGUCUCCAUCAACGAGAGUUACGAUGGUUCAUAUGCAGGAAACCCGCAGGACAUCCACAACCAGCCGGGCUUCGCCUUCAGCAGGAACGGCCCGGUGAAGAGGACCGCCGUCACCCACAUUCUCACCUGCAGACCUAAGAGGACAAAGGCAAGUCUGUCUGAGUUUCUGGAGCCAGAGGACAGCGAUCGGGAGCAGCAGAGGCCGCACAUCAGCGGACACAACCGCCUCUACUUCCACAGCGACAGCUGUGUGCCGCUGCGACCUCAAGAGAUGGAAGUUGACAGCGAAGACGAGCGGGACCCGUACUGGCUGAAAGAGAAGACUGCCAAGCAAAUCGAGGACUUUACUGACGUCAACGAGGGGGAGAAGGAGAUCAUGAAGCUGUGGAACCUCCACGUCAUGAAGCACGGCUUCAUCGCGGACAACCAGAUGAACGAGGCCUGCCUGCUGUUCGCCGAACGCAACGCCGCCCACAUCGUCAAACACAACCUCUUUCGCAACUUCCUGCUGCACCUCAUCAGCAUGCACGACUUCAACUUGGUCAGCACGAUGACCAUCGACCAGGCCAUGGCCCGCCUCCGCCUCACCCAGAACCAGGCCCGCCAGAAAGACAGGGAGGAAGACGACGAGGAAGAGGAAGAGGAGGACUGGGAGACGGCCGUGGAGUCCCAGCCGGAGCUGGAUCCAGAUCCAGAUCCAGAUCUCGAUCCGGUGGAGUAUAAACCCUGUAGUGAUGAGACUAACAACGGCUGCCUGGAGAAAGGAAACCAGCAGAGUGAGCAGCAGCAGGAGGAGGAAGAGGCGGAGGAAGAGGCAGAGGGUGGAGGAGCUGCGAUAGAACGGUCGACCAAGCAGAAACUCUGCGGCUCCGGUUCGGUUUCAAACUGACCGUCAAUCAGAGACACACAAAGAUCCCCAAACAGGAUUGUGGUUAUAAAAUGAGGCUUCAGGCCAGAAUCUAUCAAAAGGAACAGACACAGGUUUACUGCAGGGAUUCUGUUUCACAGGGCAGAUUACUUCGGAAACAAGAGGAAGAUUUUACACAUUUACAUAGAAGAGACGCGUCAGAGGCGUUUAUCAUUUCAUAACUAAAGACAGGAGUUUAGAAAAACUUGAACAAAAAAAACAACAUUUUCUUGUUGUUCUGUGUCAAGUGUCCUGAUAUGUAACCGGGUUUAAUGUCUCAGUCGAUCACUCUGCUGCAACCGUUUCCUGUCACGUCCAACCCAAGACGUUUAUUAACAACAAAACUACGGAGAAAGCACAACUCCAGUCUGAAUGGACCCAAAAGAGGAAGCUAGCAAUAUUGUAGUUUUCCUUUUGUCAAAAGAUAACGAGCAGUGUCUGUGCUUCUCUCACUUCCUGUCUGUGGCUCUCAGCUUCAAGCAGAUUGGUUCCUCCUCAAGAUGUAAAUCUUUUCAAAACAGCCACAAAUACAGUUUAAUUCUUAAAAAGGUUCAGUCAUUGAACUAAAACAGCUGCUCGCUGUAGUCAAACAAAGAGGAGGAAUCGCUCUGACCUUCAGUUUGGCCUCCGCUCAGAUUCACUUUGUGCUCGCUCCGUAGUUUCGUUAACAAACUCAAAUGGGUUCAUCAUCUACAUAUAGCAACACUCCACCAAAGGUUUUCUUUAUCACCCAGUUUGUUUACAUCCACAUUAGUGUCACAGAUUUUUUGACCAGGUGUCUGAUAAGGUGCCCAGGACUCCUACUGGUUUUCUAGGUAUCUCCAGGUGUGUAAUCUGGUUUCCAAUUAGGUCUACAAAUCUUUAAAAAGGUCUCUGAUCAGGCGUCCAGGUCUCUGAUCAGGCGUCCAGGUCUCUCUACAGUCUCACACAACUGCUGGUUCUCCAUCUGAUCAUCAAUAUCUCUGAAUAUUUAUUCUAUCCUUCAAUUUUCUAAAGACUUGAGUCGAACACAAACCCACUCAGACAGCUGCGAUCGGAUCCUGGAUCAGGUUUUGGGUGACUGAGUUUCUGUUUACACAUGCAGAGAACUCAGGAGGACUCACCUGGGACCCACACGCUGUCCUCUGGUGCAGUUCCUGCUGCUGGUGCUACAUCUUUUUACUCUUCAGAAACACUCAUCUGGAAGCUCCUCUCUCACAGCGACCUCUACUGCCAGCACACCAACGCCAAGACGCAUCGUUGCUUCUUCUUUCGUUUAAACGGACUUGUUGUUUUUUCUCCCGGACGACAAACGGACAUUAAACCGUGUCCCACUUCACAUUUUGAAAUCCACAAUUGUCUUUGUGUGCUACUCAUUUAGAGUUAUCUCUGAGGCUGAAGUCUAGAAGUGUAGAUCUUCUGAUUUCUCACUUGUACUGAAACAGUCCUUUGGGUGGUCUGAACUGUCACAGAUCAAACAUCUGAACUGUUUCUCCAGGUGCUGGUUCCAGUUUCUUUGGCGUUUGCUGCUUUUUGUUUCAAAUCGUACUGAAGCUUUUGGGGAUUUGGGGACUGCUGGUCUCUCACAAGGGCUCUGGGAACUGCUGCAUCUUCCCUUAAUUUAUCAUCUAAAUGAUUAAUUGACAAAAUGAUAAUGAAUUAUAAUGAAUAGCUGCAGCCUACAUUCAGAGGAGGCGGAGCCUGGAGCUGUACACAGGUGAAGCCAUCAACAUGAACUGAAGAACUUUCUCUGGUUUUGGUUUUUUUUUCCUGUUGCUGUGCCGGCCGUCAUGUACAGAAGACUCUAAUAAUGUAGCUGAACUCCACCCGGGACGUUUUAUAGCAGAGUUUGUUAUCGGUUAGUAUCGACCUGUUACUGUGUAAUUUAUUAGCCCCAAAACAGGACCCUGCUACUAGGAUAGAGUCAUCGCCUGAGCCAGGCCAGACAAUAAUGAUAGCAAUUAAGACCGGUACCCGGUAACUUCAGGAAUCUGUAUUGGGGAGAAACAAACGUUAUCAGAACCUAUUUUAUAGUUUGUUAGACCAAAGGGGAUGGAUUCGCUGCAGAUUACUCCACUCUUGUUUCUUCUCUCCUGUGAAAAUGUCUUGGUUUUUGUUGACUCUGAAUCACCAUCUGACCUGGUAUCACUGCCUUGAAAUGUUCUCAGAAAGCACAAUGUGCAGGUGCUGCGUUGUUUUUUAGCUUGUUGUUCCAGAUUGAACCGACCAGACUGGCAUUGAUUGAAUGCAGGAACUGAGGUUUGAUGGGAAGAGUUGGAUUUCUUUGUGACCCCCCGCUCUUUAAAAGCUUUAUCCAGCGUGCAGAGAUCUGGUUUGUUGUGCAGAACCCACUGUAGAUUUUUUUUUUUGUUCUUCAUUCACAUGAGACCAGCAGCAUUUUGCACAAGAUGGGAGGAGCCAUGUCAAGAAAACAAGACUUUUCUUCAACAAUUUAUGUAAAACCAGCUUGACGUUGUGAACUUCUGAGUUGAGUCAAAAUGGUUUUCUAUUAAAAGAACAAUUUUGUACUAUAA